AUGGUGUGCAGUGCUAUAAGUAGAAUAUUUCAUGUAAAAGAUAAAUAUUCUAUUAAAUGUGCAAUUAUUAAAAAUACAAAUGAAAGAGAAGAAGCAUUAAUUCAUGAAAUAGCUUUAUCGCGUCCAUCAUCACAUAUGUUAAAAUACAAAAAGAAGCACUUAGAAAUAGCAUUAAGUAGUUCAGAACGUGUUCAUUGUGAUUCUAAACCAGAAAAUGAUCUUCUUUAUCAAACUUCAAAUGAUAGUUAUAUAUCAAAGAGAGUUGAUUUUGGUCUUAGUUUUCAAAUCGUAACAGCAUCAAUGACAUUGGUUAAAAAAUCAACUGAUACUGUUGGUCAUGAUGCAUCUGAAGUUAUUGUAGAUAAUAAAAUAUCAAAUAAAGUCUCAAAUAUUUAUGCAUUAGCAUUUAUUCCUUAUGAACUUUUAAGAGUAAAAUGUUUUUUUUAA